AUGAAGUUCUUGGCUAUUGCUGUUCUGGUUCUCGUCGCUUCGGUCUACGCCGAAGACCAGCCCAUGGAAUCGAUGAAGGCUAAGCGUGGCGUACACUUCAGCCUGGGAUACCAUCAUGCUCCAGCUGUGGUGGCGCAUUCGUACGUAGCUCCUGCACCAGUGAUUGCACACUCUGCUCCGUUGGUCGCUGCUCCCGUUGCUUAUCACGCACCAAUCGCCAAGACCUACGUGGCCCAUGCUCCGAUCGUUCACCAUGCCCCGUUGGCUGCCUACCAUGCUCCGCUGUAUCACGGUGCCGUCUACUCUACCCUGCAUCGUCGUUAA